UAGGCAUGCAACUAAUGCUAUAAAAUAAAGAGGACUCAGUCUUCUUCGAUUUGUCGACCUAAUAUCUCAACCAAUAGUUAACAUGAUAUUCUUUCGUGAUUCGUUGCUGUUUGCUACAGCAGUUGUGCUGAUAUUAAAAGCUGUUGAAGUGUAUUCAAUCGUCGGUGGUCAUACAACUUUGUCGGGAGAAGCUCCAUUCAUUGUUGCGCUGCAUUCAUCUUCAAAUUCGGCUUUCAUUUGUGCUGGUGUGCUGGUGAAAGACUCGUGGGUCCUUUCUACAGCACAGUGUGUAGAAAACAAAACUGAAGCUGAUAUCAAAAUUCUUUUUGGAUCCCAUCGAUUGUUGACAAAUAAGAAACAAUUCCAAAUUUCUAAAAUUCUCCGACACGCAGAAUAUGAAGUAUUUAACAACACGAAUAAUUUAGCAUUGCUUCAGCUGUCUGAAGCAGUUCCGAUUACGACACGUGUUUCAACUAUUGCUUUGAAUGAUGAACAGAUCAGCUCAUCUACUCCGACGGUGUUUUACGGGUGGGGCUCCCUGUCCUUUGGAAGUACUGCAUAUUCCAACAAUUUGCAGACACUCUAUCAACGCGCUCUAUCGACGAUAGACUGUCGCUUACGUAUAUCGAACUUACCAGCCGGAAACAUUUGUGCUGUAGCUCAACAACAGCAAUCUGCCUGUUCAAAAGAUGAAGGUGGCCCACUUGUGCGGUAUGAUUCUGGCAAGCUUAUAGGAAUAUUUAAUUAUGGAUCAAAAUGUUCUGGGAAUCUACCAGAUGUGUUUGUUGAUGUUUACGCCUAUAAAUCAUGGAUAGAGUCCACCAUAGCUUAAUGACGUAGUUCAAAUCUCCUGUUUCUGCUUCUUGCAUUGACUAAAUUGCAUUUGUGUAAAUUUUGCAAAAACAUUGCAAUAGAAUAAUACCAAAAUAAACAUGCGACAAAAUAUUUUAAGUAUAUGUAGAGAUCCGACGCCUUGUCAAAUAUUAUACACAUAGACUUUCCUAAUAACCGGAAUUGUAUUUGCGGGGUUGUCGGAAAAGUCCCAACAUUGAUCACAACAUUCUUCAGAGAUACUUGGAUGCUGGCGCAGAAGAGUAGACAUAAUUCCUAAAAGAACAAACAAUUACAAAUAGCUGACGAAUACCUCUCCAAACAUCCAGUAGAGGUUGUCGAAAAGAGCAUGAAAUAAAUUAUCUCAGUAAAUAAUCAACAAUGAAUAUCUAGCCUAUCUACAAUUGGCCACGUGCAGCCAUGGAUGCAGCAAACUUUUUGCAUUAUAAGAUUUGUAAGCGAGUGUCAUGGUGAUGGACAGCGCUGAGAUGAUUGUGAAAAUGAUUUUAUGCAGUGUUGCAACUAUGUUUACAGUACAACAAAAUGCUUUUUAAUUGAGUUUCGGCUUUCAAUAAAACACCAUUAUAUACA